AUGGCCACCAUCCUGACCAUUCCACCUGAGGUGGUUAUGAACAUCCUCGGACGCCUCGACCCCUUUAGCCUCGAGUCCGUGGCCAAAACGCUCAGUUCGCGCCUGUACUACCCUGCUGCUCAGCUUCUUGAACCCCGCAAAGGAUGGAUAGAAAAUGCCCGGGCUAUGUGCAAACUCUUCAAUCCACGUGGCAGCCGCGGAGUACUGCCAUCCUAUCCUGGAUACCUCCCUGUUCUGGCCGACCAUCACCUAGUACGCGACGAGAUCCCAAGGCGAGACUAUCAGGGUCUCGGUUUAGAUCAAGACGGGGGUCCCUACGUGCGCAGCUCACCUCCGGAUUUCCAAAGCUGGAUAGCCCUUGACGGGACGUUCAGCUGGUUGCAGUCGCUUGAGAAGAAAAUCGCUGAUGAAAUGGAGCCACACAAUGGGCGCGAAGGGGACCGACCUGUUGCCACCAAAGCUCAGAUUGAGCGCCUCGUUGCCAAGGCUGAAGAGCUCGGACUGAAGCUACCGGCAGGUUUCGAAGCAUUCAUGGCAGAUAACCACUUUCAUCAUCGCAUACCAAGCUAUUCUGCCUGGUAUUUCAACCUUUCGAAGUUGGUCAGGUGCCCGUCCUCCGUGGACAACGGGAGCGGUGGUUACAUUGUGCGCUUCUAUUGGGACCAACAGGCCUGUGCUUUCGCCUACUUGUAUCUCAGUCAAUCUGGGCAUCAUUGUAUUUUGAUGUCAAUGUUGGAUCUGUACGACGAAAUGGAGCUGGAUGAGGAGGAAAUAGAGGAUGGCCAUGACGGGAACGGAGACGUAGACGAGGACGAUGUUGUUAUGGUGGCUCUGACUUUUGAAGAAUAUCUGGCCAUGGUUUACUAUGAAGAGCUUCUGGAAUUCAGAGCCAAGCCAUUCAAGGGGCUAUGCGACUAUGUUAAGCACACGUAUAUAGCUCCUGCCGAGUAG